AUGUAAUGGAACUUUUAAGUAGCAUAAUAACACCGGGCGAAAUAAUGAAAAACAACUGCAUACUCCUUUGGAGAUAUGGAAAUACUGUAUUUGUUGAGAAAUGAAGAGUGAGAAAAUAAAAAAAACAUCAGAGUUGAGAAGCUGCUGGACUAAAUAGAUACCAUGGUCAAACCAGUUUUCCAAAAAUAAAGAUUUCUGUUUGUGUAAUAUAUCUCUAUUGUUCCAGAUGAUCUGUGAGGUGAGACAUUGUGCCUGUAAAUGAAGGUCCAAGACAGAAGCGGGUCUGUGGAGUUAGUAUUCCGUGUUGCCACUUCCUGGUUGCUUCCUGUGUGUUUUUUUCGCGUCUCCUUGGUUUGAACGUCGCUGACACGGCUCGUCCAAUGAUAUGAGUCCACAUGCAGCGCAGGGAAGAGGGGCAGCAGUGAGGCACUUUGAUAAAACCAGACUGUCAGCACCGUGUAGAGCCACAGAAAAGCUGCGCAACCACGGUGAAGGCAGGAGCACGGUGGCGCGGUGAAGCUGGAAGACUGGACCGGGUGAAUGCGGUCUUCAACACCGGACAGUGCCGCAGCAGACUCUCUCAGACCAUUAUUGGAAACUAAAGGACGUUCAAACUAAUUGUCACCUAAAGGAAGAUGAAUUAGACCCUCGACUACAUUAUUUUUUGUUGUCCACCGGGAAGAAGAUCCACACAGCGGCCAGGCGAACACGGUAGAUCGUUAGAAAUCCGGGCUUUUUAAUGCUCUCAGUUGGCGAACUCUUCGGCACUAAAGUCUUCCCAUCCUUGAGAAAUCCAAACGACACCAUCCGGCAGCGUUUCGACUGAAGCUGAGUGUUGAAGCAGCCGUCUGUCCGCCAUGGAAAACGCUCACACGAAGAGUGUGGAAGAAGUUUACAGUUAUUUCUGCGUCAAUGAAAGCACAGGACUUUCCCUGGACGAGGUGAAGCGGCAGAAGGAGAAAUGGGGCCUAAACGGUAAGACAGCCCAACCGCAGGAGACCCCGCAAAAAAACAAAAAACGCUUCGGAUGUGAGUGAGUGAGGGAAAAUGGUCAGAGGAGGAAUGUCUCUCGACUGUGUAAACGUGUGCAGCCCGAGCAUGGUGUUCAGGAUAUGGGGUAAAAGUCAGCAACAUCACCGGAACACCGGACCGUGAUACCCGGCUGACGACAGCACGGGUCACCUCGAGGGUUCCCCAGCUCUGUAGUGUCAUCACCGCAUCAGGACUGGUGGACAGGGCUGGAUAGUGCAUGAUGGCUUUACUAAACUUACUGUCAUAUAUUUGCACUUUUGGGGGGGAUUUUUUAAAUUUAUACUUUGAAGUGUUUUCUUUGUCAAAUUGGGGAGAGUGGGGUAAGUGGAGCCACCUCCUGUUGCUUGGAAAUGGUCAAAGAAAUUGAUCAUGUGACCAAAUAUUCAGUAGAUGGGCAUCAAUUCAUGGAGUCUGUGAAGGUUAGAAGCACAUGGGUGAAGGGGUUAGACAUUUAUUUACAAAAAAACACAGUUUUCACUCUUGAAAGUGAAUUUAGUCUGUCAUAAGUUUGAUUAGAAUUGUGUUCAGACCAAAAAAAGAUCAUUUUAAAUUAGUUUUAUACAUCAGUUGUGGUAUCUAUGAGCUACAACAUGAGGUCAAAAACCUAACAGAAGUCCACCAUUUUAGCUUACAGGACUAAUAAAGUCAUCAUAGUAGUUCUGGGGUCAGUUGUGACAGUAAAGAAGUCUGAUGAGAGGAUCAGAGUUUCAGUUCAGAUUGUUGAAAUGUUUUUACUUUUUCUUUUCAAAAAUACAGCUGUGAAUGUCCUGAAUCACUUACUUACAUUCUCAUGUUAAAAUGACUUUUUACAAAACAGCUUUUUAACAGUUAUGUGCAAUAAUAAUAAUAAAAAGAAUCAUUGUACCAGUUGAAGAGUGUAUAAAAGAUAAAAAUACACAUGAAUGUGAAGAAGUGACUGUUAUUUGGGGAGAGAGACGGUGAGGGAGGGCUGGCGUUGACAGUAGGGAGACGACUCAACUUACCCCACUCCUAUGGUCAACUUACCUCAUGCACGGGGUAAGUUGACCACUUUUUUUGGCAUGUUAUAUUAUCAAGACAGUCAUGUUUACACUCAAUCUGUUGGUUUGCAGGGAUGCACAAGGGAUACACUAGUUAGAGACAAAACUAUGAUUGCCUUGAUGUAGUGAUCUGAAAUAUGAAAAACGGCACAUCUGACCCCACUCUCCCCUACUGGAAAAGCUUUCCAUCUGCAAACAACCCAAAUCCGCUCAGUGCAUUUCUUGUCUAAAUAUGGCUUUACAUUUCCCCAAAACAACAUUAAUCUUAACAGGUCCAAAUAUAAACGCUACUUCAAUAUGUUUUCAGUCAGAGUUUCUAAAAUUAGCAGGCUUAUUAUAUCUUAGUUCCAGAAACUUAUUAAGAAAACCUGAUUUAUUCAAAGUUAUCAAGUCCCAAUUUAAAAACAAGCCUCUCACACCCUCUAUGAUGCACAAUCCUGACAAUAGAUGCUGCAAAAGUUUCAAUAAACUAUCAAUUAGUUUGGGGAAAAAAGGCUUUUACAUAAUUAGGGGAUCAUAUCUAACCCCUCCUUAUGAUCCAAACAAAGGACUUGUCACUUAGAUAAAUAACUUCAUUUCCAUACUUUCAGCUUUACUUAAGUGGAAACACAACUCAGCAUUUCACAACUUUGGUAAAACGUCAAUCAAGUGACCAUUUUAUUCUUAAAUUGAAUAUUCUAUUACCCUUUCCAGCACUGCUGUCGGAUCACUUUCUGCCACAACAUUGUGUCAGGGUUUAGCAUUGUCUCACAGUAACAAUAUUUACUCUGAUAACACCGCUGACAUUGUUUACAGUAGCCGUUGAAUGCGGCGACAUGGUUGAACGUACUACCUCGUCAGUUGACCCAAAGCAAAGCUGCGUAACAUCAUCCCAUGUGCCGAAGGAUCCAGGAGGCAUUUGACAACGAGCGGCAGCCAAAAAAGAUGGCUGGAGUAACAUUAGACUUCAUUGUUAAUCUCUGAUGCUCCGGCCUUUAACAGCUGUUUUACAUGGAUAUCACCUCGUAGGUCAAAGAGGGCGUUCUUUCACACUUUGACCUUUUAGAUUGAUUUAGUCUCCUCGUGUUUCUUGUCCUGAAAUGAAAAGGAGAACUGCUGUAAUUGGAGACGUUAUCAUGAAUUAUGGAGCCUUUUAUUGUUUGACAAAAGUAGAAUAGAUAUCUUUAUAACUAUGUGAGGUUUUUAAGCAAACUUCGAUUACGUGGGUUGUUUUAACACUAACCUAUUUUAGAUUUAUCCCAACCAGAGCCUGUUAAAAAGGCUCCUAGGAUAUGUGCUUACCUCCUCUCGUUCCAGGAGUGAGAUCUACAUUAAGAAACAGGAACUGACAGGCUUUGCUCCAUCUGGCAAACACUGAAAAAGCAUCCAUACAGCACUUACCUUUUCCUUUUUUUUUUCUCCUUUUUUUUGGCGUUGGCUGUUGCCUGUGUGCUCCUGGACUGACUCCUACAUCCUUGUACACAGAGUUACCAGCAGAAGAAGGUAAUAACCACCUCUAACUGAUGCUAUUUCCCUCACAGUUGAUCUAAAUUUUCUGCGAUUUAACUUUUGUCCCGCUCUCCUCUCUGCAGGGAAAUCUUUGUGGGAACUUGUCAUUGAACAAUUUGAAGAUUUACUUGUUCGAAUUCUUCUACUGGCUGCUUGUAUAUCUUUUGUAAGUGUGUCACUUCAUACAACUCUAUAUUGUUGACUGUUUUUCUUCACUCUGUUUUACUUAUACCUCCUGUAUACUCCUGUCUCUUUCUCCCGGGCCUUCUAGUUAAACUGAAAUACUCUUGUUAGGUUAAGAGAGCCUCAGGAUAAGUCACUACUCCCCACAAAUAGCUUUCCCUUUCCACCUCAGGCUGUGAGCUUGUUUAUUUUAGGUCAAAACUGCAAAUGUGUUGAUAAUUAAGUCCCGUGUGUCGACUGGAAGUCAACAAUUUACGCUGUGCAUGGUGUCGAAGUGUGAACGUCUUCAGUUUGUGUAACCCUUCUGAGGUUUCACUCGCGUCUAAAGCGAGCUAAACAGCUGAGAAGGCUUGCCACCCAUCUGAGGAAUGGUGACAACAGCAGUAGCGGCAUUGAGUUGCUAUCAACAUGUGCCAACUAAGACAUUCGAGUUGUCAAGCUUAACUGCUCUGUAAGGACUCACCCGAGCUCCCCUCAGGUCUCUGACUCUGAGGGAAUGAUAGAUAAAUGUUUCAAAGUCAAAGAAGCGAAGGUUUUACAUAACAUUAACAUUAUCUGCUACUGUGCAAACAUGGUGGCUUAAAGGGAUAUUCCGUUGUACAAUUAAUUAAGAGUCAAACGCACCGUAACACCAAGUUAGACACCACCUAACUUCAUGAACAGUACAUAUUAGGGCCCGACCGAUAUGAAUUUUUUGGGGCCGAUACCGAUUAUUUAGGAGGAAAAAAAUCAGAUUACUAAUUAAUCAGCCGAUUUUUAAAAUUUUUUAUGAAGUUAUAAAAAAUAUAUAUAUACUGUAGGCUACUCACGUUACUCAUUUCCGGUCCGGUCUCAUCUGGAGACAUGCAGCUGCCUCAGUAAGAGAAGUAGCUCGAUCACGUAAUGUGUACUGUUGUUUAUUCUACAAGGCUAAUAGCUGGUGGCUAACUCUAAGCUUGUAUAUUACAUAGUGUUUCACUUUUUAAGUGAAGCACUAUGGGAACUUUUUAAAUGGCGGAACAUUUUCGAAGUGAAACCAAAUCUUAUUCUCGGCAUUUUAUUUCUGAAAAUAUCGGAAUCUUUUUAGCUUUGCCUAAUUUCUUUAGCAUAGAGACUAAACACAACUCACCUACUCUCUUCCAGCAGCUGCUUGUUUGUUGCAAGACCUCAGGCCAGUCCAUUACGGACUACAGUGGGGUGACACAGCUCAAGGAAGAACAUUUAUGAUCAUUACUUUAUCAUUAUCUUGAAAUAAUAAUCACCAUAUUAGUAAUUUUGUACUGCAGAUGCAGUAGCUCUUCUGCUUUAGCGUCUCGGUCUGAUUGUAUUUCCAUGAAGAAAUGAUUAUAAAUGUCCUUCUUGCCUUAGGAUGUUUGGUGGCUAUUGCUGUGGCUGGGACCCUACAUGUACUGUUGAUGAAGUUAGGUGUUGUUCUGAGCAUUAUUUGUGGCUAUAGAGUGGUGUUUUGGUUGAGGUUUGUUUAUGGCUCCUCAGACUGCUGUGGAUUGCUAUCGUGCGAUCGUUACUAAAGUUGGUAUAACUAGAGAAGCAAGCGGCCGGCAACAUUCAUCUCUCGACGGGGUGUCUAACUCGUUGCUCCAGUGUGUUUGACCCUAAAUUAAUUUUACACCGGAAUAUCCCUUUUAAUAGAUGUGUUGUUGUGAUAGAUCAGAGAGUGGACUUUGUCUUCUUCACUCUUCAAACUAUGAUUCAUUUUAACAAGUUGACUUUAUUCACAUUCAUUGACUCCACUGCACAGUGAAUGAGCAGAUGGCGGCAGGACAUUUUGAUAAGUGAGGCCCCCCCGGUGUGUGUGUGUGUGUGUGUGUGUGUGUGUGUGUGUGUGUGUGUGUGUGUGUUUGUGUGUGUGUGUGUGUGUGUGUGUGUGUGUCUGUGUGUGUGUGUGUGUGUCUGAGUUGGUAUGUAGCGUGCAGUAUCCUGUCAGGUGAUACAGAGGUGUCAGUGGCUGCUGUCUGACAGGGGGACAGAGCACCACUCCAGACCAAAUUUGGGCCCGCACCUCUCAGUGGGAGGGCUCUCAUCAGACAAACACAGAUGCCUAUCUCGACACAAAAUAAUCAAAACCUCUUCUUUUUUUUUUUAUUUGCCUGAAGCUUUGAGGCAAGUUUUAAGUCUGUGCAAACUGGAACUGUUGACUCACUUUGAUUAUAUUUCUCUAAAGAAGUUUAUUCCCAUGAUUCAGUUUGUGUUGGUGCAGCUUGCUAGAGAUUUUUCCUUUUUAGAUAUCCAUUAUAUUUCAAUGUCAAAGCCUAUAGUUAAUGGUUUUGUAUAUUUGCAGACACUCUUUAUGAACGACCAAUGACCAACUAUUGAAUCCUCUUCUAGUUAAAAUGUUCAUCAUUCUCGCCUAUUUUUCCAUUGUGAUAUUCUGUCUGUGCUUUAUUAUACAAUCCCAAUUUCAUAAAUGUCAGGGCGCUGUGAAAUGUUCAUUACAAAGAAAAAUUUAUGGCUGCAAAGCAUUUCAGCCAUCGAUUGAAUUGAAGGUCGUUUUAAGACAAAAAAUCAAACGUUGAAACUGGAAAAAAAAAAAAUGUUUUUAAUGAAAAAUAUGUGCUUAUUUUAAAGUUGAUGCCAACAACAUGAGUCAUGCUUAUUGUUGCUUUGCAUUAUCUCUUCUUUUUACAACAUUUGUCAACAUUUUGGAAAAGAGGAGAUCCAUUUCUGGGGUUUUGAAUGAGCCUGAUAUCAGAUAUUUUUUGCACAUUUAAUAUUUUUUUAUUAUAUUUAUUACUUACCAAAAGUUGACGCCACAAGUACAGUGCCCAGCGUAAGUCAGUACACCCGUAUUAAAAGUAAUGUAUUACUCAAUAUCUUGAUAAGCAUAAGUAUAAUUUCCAAAGUUUUGACAAAGCUGAGUUCAACAUAACAUUUUAUUUACCAUAAGAUGAAAAUAAGGGUGAUAUGGUGACUAAAAUUUAGCUUUUCUCCCAGAACUUUGAUUGGGAUGGACUCAUUUUUGCAUCCUGAUUUUAAAUUGAAAAAAAAACAUUUUUUUGUAUACAACUUAAAAAAAUCUUGUUUGCAAUCAAUGCCCUACAUUUCGGGGAGUAUUUUGUCGUAUAGUCUGACAUAGAAAAUGUUGAUUUUUAUAGGAAACUUAAGGUUUGCUGUGUACUCAUUUAUGCUGUGCACUGUAUGUCUGUUCCGCACCCAAACACUUCUGUUACGAGCUGUUGUGAUACAUGCUGAAUGUUCAGCGUCUCUGUAUAUUAUGAAAAAGACAUUGUCUAAAUGGCAGCAUAUGUUUCUCCACAACCAGAUGUGCAGACUAGCCCUCCUAAGGGUACUUAUGGAUCCCACACCAUCAGGGAUACCGGCUUUGAAACUGUGCACUUGUUACUCUUUGAGAGUGUGGAGUCCAUGACUUCCAACAGGAGCGCCAAGUUUUCCAUUUUAGUCUCCGCAGAGUUCCUGUUUUACAGCAGCCAUGUUGUUAACCUGAUGCAAAUUAGUGUAAUUAGUCGGGAGAUGUUGCUCCAGGUGUUUUUUUUUUAGAGUGUUGCACAACUCUCUCUUUGUUUUGUCGUCUCUGUCUUAACUUUUUUUUUAAGUUUGAGUUGCACACAUUUAAAUUCUGUUUUUUUUAAUCAACAUUUUAGACAAAGUCCCAUAUUUUAUGCCAUUAAAGUAGUAGAAUGACAAUAAAGACCUGUUAAAGUUAUUGUUAGUUUAUAUUUUUGCUUUAGAAAAGGCCAAUCUCUGUAAUUUAGUGAAUAGCGAUGUACUCAGUCAGCCCCUGUACCUCUUAAUUGCUGAUGUUUCAGUGGGAGUUCCACUUAAUGUUUAAGUUACACAAUCUAAUAUUUCUCUGACACAUGUCACAGCAAGACACUUAUAAUCUACUGGGGUUAAUUGCUCUUUUACUUUAUGGGAUUUUAACAAAUUAGCUUCCAGACACAGGUUAAUUUUAGACCAAUUUUCUCGUGAAGAAGAAGAAGUCAGAUGAGACUCAGCGAGGACAGACAUUUCUUCAGUAUAAGGAGGUUAUUCUGAGAAGUAUAAAAGAAGUCUGUUCGUGUUAUUUUGAGUUUUCUGAGCAAUGAAAUGUUUCCAAAAACAGUUGAAUGAUUACAGUCCAAAUGGCCUGUUGAGUGUUGGCAUUUCGGUAAACAAUUCCUACAGCUAUCCACAGGAGAGUGGAAACAAUGGUGCACUCCAGUGGAAAUGCACUGCUGCGUGUAGAUUAACAUUUAAGGCUCUUUUAUUUCUAAAUUUAAACUUCAGCUCCAGGAAGCGUAGAGUUUGAGUGUUUAGCUGCAGCUGCAUGAUCGGAUAUUUAUUACUCAGUACAUGAAGUUUUAUAUAAGAAAUGUGUGGGAUGAUCCUCAGCUAUUUACCAUCUCUGACUUUGAUGUCAAGCUUAGAGCGACUGACAGACAGCUGACUCCUCACAAUGUCUCUGCAGCAACAAAACACUCUCCCCUAAAGGGAUGAAUAAAUCAAACGUCAGAUGACAAUUUAAAUGCAUAAAUCUGACUUAAAAGCUUGUUUCAGUUGAACAGGAGGUGUUUCUAAAUAUAUAAAGUUAAAAAAACUUUGUAUUUUUCUUUUCUCUCAAAACAGGAAACUAAUACUGACUUGUAUAAUUAAUGCUUUUAAUAAUUAAUGUCAUGUUUUUGUACCGUUUACAGGUCUUGGCCUGGUUUGAGGAGGGAGAGGAGACUAUCACAGCCUUUGUGGAGCCUUUUGUAAUUUUACUCAUUCUUAUAGCCAAUGCUAUCGUCGGCGUGUGGCAGGUGAGACACUUCAGAUUGUAAAUACCAGGAAUGUAUGAAUACUAAAAAUCCAGAUGCAGAGUGACAACUCUCUAAAAACUGUUUUAUUUGUUGCCUGCUUCACAGCAUGCUCUAGCUUUAGUAGUUUGGCUUUGAGAGUUUCUGGAAUCUUUGCAUUUGAAGGUGCAGUGAAGUGAAAUCAGUGUUUAAGUACCUUAUAAUAAACUUUAAAUGCACCUUUUACAUAGGGGUGGAUUGCCAUUUUGCACAGCUGACACAAACACGACCAUGACAAAUGUCUGUUUUUUGUCUUUAAAUGCAAAAGCGGCUGCUGUAUGCAAAAUAAUUCAUGUUUAAGGAUGUUUUUAAAGUCCCACUACGAUUAUUUUUUUUUACUACUUAAAGUGUUCUCAGUGGUCUUUAAAUUGUGAUUAAGUUUUUAGCCAAAAUCACAUUACCUGUGUCAUUUUAAAGGGCUCUUCAUUAGCAAUUCCCCUCUGAGUCGUGGGCGGAGACAGCACUGCUCUGCACAUUUGUCUUCACGUGUAGCUUGCAUUAAGUGGCCAGGUAACAUGGGAGCUAUUCAACUCUUGCACGCUAAUGUCGUCAGGGGUAUGAUUAGAGCUAAUAUCAUAAUUAGCUUCCAUACUAGCACCACAAUCCGCUAACGGAGACGCUUGUUCUGCGAUUGUCCUCUCUAUUCGUCUGAGCCUGGCCAGUAUAGUGGGGCCCCAGGGGCGGAGCUUGGAUUUGUGAUGUAGGAAAUCUCACUGUUUCUGAUCCUGCCGUUUGGGUCUGCUAGAGAAUCACAAAAAUUUGAAACUGAAAUGCAAUUUCGUACUUGUUUUUCUCAUGAUAUGUCCUCUAGUAUCAGAAAAUAUGCCAUAUGAACAUGUAGACAACAAGAAAAACAUGAUUUUCAUCGAAGUGGGUCUUUAAAUGCAAAAGUGGUUACUGUGUGCAAAAUAAUUCAUGUUUAAGAAUGUUUUUAAGGUCAGACUUGACAAAUAGAGGCUCUUACUUCUCAUGCAUCACAGAGGCUUCCUUCUCUGCCAUCCCUUCACUCACUGAAGAGUGAUUCAAAUAGUGUACAUAUCAGCAUUUCUGCUCACUGUGCCUUUAACUUGGAUCUGUCUCCUGCAUAGUCUCAGUGAAAAGACUUAUCUGAAAAGGUUUGCCAUGUCUUAUAGCUUAAUACCAAUGUAGGUGAACUCUGUAGGUGUGUACUUUAUGUUGGUAUGAAAGAGUCUUUUUAGAAAAAUAGCCGACUGUCUGUAGGAGACUUUCGUGGGCAGCUCACUCUGAGCGCAGAGGUUGUUUCUGCUGAUGAGCGAUUAGGAUGCUGGUGCAGGGUAUAAUUACAAAAGAGGCAGAAAAAGGAUCUGAUUAAUAUUUACAAUUUCAUACACAAAACAUCUAAUCUCCCCCAGACUGAGAUCUGAUCAAAUAAACACCCAUCUCCGAAUAUUCAGCACCUCUUCAGAGGGAAAUGCUCUCACACAUUUCGGUCCAGCUGAGCCAAGAACAGACAAGCCGUAGUUUAUGUGAUAUAAUCAGUUCAAAGACGUGGCUCUGAAUCUCAUUUUCUCCUCCUAGGAGCGUAACGCUGAAGAUGCAAUUGAGGCGCUUAAGGAGUACGAGCCUGAAAUGGGCAAAGUGUACCGACAGGACAGGAAGACUGUGCAGAGGAUCAAGGCCCGAGACAUUGUGCCGGGAGACAUCGUGGAGGUUGCUGGUAGGUUCAACUGCUUCUGAAUCACACACAGACAUUGCUUUGUUGGCGGUGGUGUUAUUGGAUUAACAUGAUUGGAUUACUCUAUUGUUGGAUUUUCGAAACAAGUGAUGAAACAUUAACUGUAAUUAGAGGCAUCGUGUUUACACAUUGUCCAUUUUGUCAGUCCAUCUGCUGAGUGUGACAUCUGGAGCUGCUUUCCGACGUGCACUCUGGACAAUUUGCAGGAAAAUUUCAGGAGCUUUGACGAGGAGGUGUCCUGAUACAACUUUUUGACUUCCGAUAUGAUACAGAUAUUGUAGCCUACUGCCACACGGCCGACAUCACUCCUGCUCCUUGCUACUUUGUUAGUACAUUAGUACACUCUGUUGUCAUGAUUUUAUGGGCUCAGCUUGCUGGAGCUGAGGGCUGCUCGAUGGAGGAGCUGGAGCGGAGUCUGGAAUGGACUGCUUGUAUCAGAGUACUGAUAUCAGAGAUUUUAGAUGCAGGUCGAUAUAAUCUGAUAUUUGUUUUUUUGCUGAUAUCUGACUGAUAUCCAAUAUCAAGUUUACCUGACUCUGUUGACUGUCUGCAUGAAGCCUCACCUAAAAAGAAGGGGGCGUUUUUGUCUUUAUAUCAAAGCAGUGAGUUAGCGAACAUAUCCACUAGGGGUGGGACGAUAUGCUUUUCUCUCAAUUCAAUUCUUCUACGAUUUUUUUGGAUGCCGAUUCGAUUAAAUUUGCGUUUCUACAAUAUUGACGAUUUUCUCGAGCCUUAGUCUGCAUUUUUAACACCAGUGAAACAGUUGAGUGAUUAUGAUUGUCUACUGACCAUUCCAGGAAGCAUACUCUCCAAAAAAUACACAUCACAUGUAAGUCAGUUUUUAAGAUUUAUUUUUAAAUUUGAAAAAAAAUCUAUUUAAAAUUGUAAAACAAAAAAGCGCUAUACUUAUUUGAAUCGAUUCUUUCCUCCCACCCCUAAUAUCCCCAGUAUCAGCAGCUCUCACCGCCUCGAUUUGCAGAGAAUUUUCCGGAAGAUUUGCUGAUUUGCUCGCCAACUAACUUCCUGGGCUUGGCUUCCUAAGUUCAUUCCCCCCCUCCUUGUGUACUUCCUGCAAACACACACACAAAACAACCACAACCAAAAAAGGCAGCGUCCGUCCGGUCAGUUGUCUUGAAGUGGUUCAGUUUUGCAUCAUCAGACCUUGGACGAACCGCAGCCGGCUGCAAAGUUUGCUCAAAGGCUGUCAGAACAAGAAGCACCAACACAACUGUUUUAUUUCAACAUCUUUCAACAGCCACAAACACUCACUAAAAAAAGGUCAACAUGAGUGCAGUCAAAGGCUCACAUCAGCGAUUACUGAUGCAGUCGUAAGACGUGGUGCUAAAAGUCGGGUUUAUGCUUACAAGUGUUGAUGCCAAGUAUGUGCUUCAACACCCCUCCAUAUCAGAUUUACGGAACCAAUCAGAAUCCUUUAUUUCAAACGGGGGCGGGUUCUAUUCGAUGAUGUCAGAGUCAUCUUUUCCUUCGCAUGUUGCUGUCUGUUAGCAUUCUCUGCUGUUGUGAGCCGUGUCACACGCUGAGUUCAUCUGAUUGGUUGCAGCGUUUUACUGUCACUUUCACGGUGCUUUUUGCAUGCGACCGCUACGAAUGCUUUAACAUCGCUCAGAUAUGAGAUAUGUUCGCUGCAGAGCUGGAGGGAGGUGUUGUUUUGCAGUCUUCUAUGAGUUUCAGCAUCAACAGUUGGGCUUUGUGAAGUGUCUGCUUCCUCAUAGUUUACUCCUCUGUGACUCAGCUGUGCAGGGGCUAAAAGUUUGUUUUGCUCCACUUUGUCCUGUGUGUUAUUUUUUUUGGAUAACACUGUUUGACGCCACCGUGAGGCGAUCACGUCUGAUCUGUCCAGGUCAAAGUUACGCUGUUGUUGUCGAGAACCUCUGCUCGUACAACCUUGAAGUGGUCAUUGUAUUAUGUUUCUUUGUUCUGCUGCGUUGUGGUUUGGCUCUGCCUCAGGUAAAGCCCACUGCAGACAGAUCAGUGAGUCCAGGUGUAGUCAUAGGUCAUAUUUAGCUCAUGCCUCCCCCAUCCCCAUGAGCCAAUGCAGGGGUGACUCACCCUGUGAAAGUGGUGUAUUUUCAGAAGCUCUCAUUAACCUGUUGUCUUAAAAAGCUUCACUGGUGCUAUGAAUACACACUUAAACUUCUUCUUUGUGUGUAUUUGUUCAUGCACUGUGACUUGGAGGAGCAUGCACCAAUGUGUCCUCCUAGCUCGUCCUAACUCCACCCCUCGUCCCCCCAUGAAGAGUGUGAGCUGAGUGCUGGAGGGAUUCAUGCUUCUGAGGUCCAGUCAGCAUGUUUCUGAAUUUUCAGGGGUGUCAGGCUUGAAAUUAUCAGAAGAGCAAACACAAACAUGCAUGCAGAAUUCUGCAGAGGAUUGAGCAAAGACAGGCGUGUUAAGAAAUGCCGAAAGCCCUUGACAUGGUAGCGUUAUCUUGACACCGCGUUUAACCCCACGCCACUGGAGUGAUGCAUAGUUUUUCUGCGCAUGGUGGUAGGUGUUAUUUUUAGCCGUCAUAGGCCGGUGAGAUUAUGGAAUGCUGUAUUAAUAGAGGCAAUGACAGUCAAGAAGAUGACAGGUGUCUGGUCCCACCCGUUGCAUGCCCCCUUCCAUCUGGCUCUGGAGAACACCGCCGCUGCGAGGGACGAGGGACAGUGUUCAUUAGGACACCUGAGUAACCUUGACAAGGACAUAUGGAGAGAGAGAAAAUCCACAGAGGAUGAUGAUCACAUUCAUGUAGAUCAGUUAUGAGGUACAAUGAUUAAAGGAUUUCCUGUGACAGAGUAUUUGACAGUGUGGUAUUUGUUUCACGGUCUUGUCUGCUGCUGCUGUUUGCACCAGCGGCGCCUAUUUUUAUUUAAAACUAAUUGGGCUUCAGUGUUUUCAGCCCUCGGUGCAAAAAUGCCCUCGGCGUCAGCUGAUUUUUGUCACAGGGCUCUCAGUUGGAAACGGUUCAGCUUUUGGAGCACCACCGCGCUCGUCGUCAGAGUCCGUUUCACCCUCGACCAAUCCGAUUUAAGAGAGGGCGGGGCUUCUGAUAGCGGCUUCUGAAAUUGAGGUGGACACAGCGCAGAUGUGAACUAUCACACGGCCACCUGGCCCUCAUCUCCCCGACAGGAAGACUUCUAAUUUCAUAUUCAUGUUUUAUUUAUGAUGAUCAGACCUGUUCAUUGUUUAGUUGUUAACCCUUUGUGCGCACACCUGACCCUCCUCCUCCUCCUCCUCCUCCUCUUCCUCCUCUCAGUCUGCUGUGCUGCGUAUGUUUUUCUCACAUUUUAAACGUCGGUACUCUUUGUCUGCUGCUUUGAUCUCGUGAAGGCCAAAACCUUGGUCUUGAUUGAGAUUUCAUUAAUUGCACAGCCCGUACUUUCCGAGACAGUAUUUUAUGUCAAUCAGAGUGUGGGAAGCUUAAUUAUUUGGCUCAGGUUUAAAGAAGAAACUCAUGAGUCAGACCUGCUCUCCUCUUUCAUAUUAAGAUUUUUUUUUUAUCUGAAAACUCCAGAUGAAGGUAGCUGCAGGCUCUGCUGUCAGCACCUCGAGGCUUAGUCAAAACUGCAGCCCAGCAGGCAUCAUCAGGAGGAGCCCAUCAGCUCAAUUUUCUCCCUAAAUUCUCAAAAUAUCCACUACAAUAGUUCCUGUCAGGCUGCUUUUUUUAUGAAUAUAAUUUUCCUGAAGCUUCAAUGUGACCCCUGCCAUGCAGAGGAGGAUUGUGAUGACGCAGAUGCAGGCUGGCCGGCUGCUGAGCCGAGCCAGAGGACACCGAGACGAGCCCUCUGUGGCUGCCUCAGCUGUGAGAAGAAUAGCCGGCAGCCAAUCAGAGCUGCUCGCUGUCAGGGUGCUGCUGUGGGUUUGAACACUGCCUCCUACUCACAUCUCAUCUCCUCAUCAGCCUGCCAGCCGCAUGCUCACAAAAACGUGUUUCAGUAUCAUGGAAACAACACUGUGUUUGAAGCUGCGUUUUUUUUGUCAGGUGUAGAUUUUCAUAUGUUUGGUUUUAUCGAGCCGCUGAGUGAGUGAGUGCGGCGCUGCAGGUCUCGGCUCACUGCUGUGCUGCUGUUCACCUCUCUGGCUGUCACGGUCAGGAUGAUGCUAGAUUCGCUCAUUUCUCGGACUAACGGAGAAGAAAAAUUCCCCUGUUGUCAAUAUGCCCGUUUAAAACGGUAAAUGUUAAAGCCGGAGUAAAAUUGGCCUCAUCUGUUUGCUGAGUAUGGAUAUUUCUUCCUGAUAUAGAGACGUGCUCAGAGAGGCUGCUGCCUUUUGACAAAUAACAACAUCUGCUUCACUAAAUAUGCUGCUGACUUUGCUGAGAGUACUGUAAACAAUGGAGGAAGAGCAUGCAAACUGAUGCCAACAUUUCUAGAUCUCCACACGCACUGCUUUCAGCAUAGCUUAAAGGGAUAUUCCGGCGUAAAAUAAAUUAAGGGUCAAACACCGAGUCAGACACCCUCUCAAGAGAUGAAUGUUGCCAACGGCUUGCUUCUCUAGUUAUACCAACUUUAGUAAUGACCGCAGAGAGCAGUACACAACGGUCUGAGGAGCCAUAAACAAACCUCAACCAAAACACCACUCUAUAGCCACAAAUAAUGCUCAGAACAGCACCUAACUUCAUCAACAGUACAUAUAGGGUCCCAGCCAUAGUACUAGCCACCAAACAUCUUUUUAGCUUUGCCUAAUUUCUUUAGCAAAGAGACUAAACACAACUUACCUACUCUCUUCCAGCAGCCGAUAGUUUGUAGCCAGACCUCAGGGCAGUCCAUGAUGGACUGCUGGGGGGUGAUGCAGCUCAAGGAAGGACAUUUAUGAUCAUUACUUCAUGGAAAUGCAAUCAGACCGAGAUGCUAAGGCAGAAGAAGUACCUCGUCUGCAGUGCAAAAUGAUCAAUAUAGUGAUUAUUACUUCAAGGAAAUGAUAAAGUAAUGAUCAUAAAUGUUCUUCCUUGAGCUGCGUCACCCCGCUGCAGUCCAUCAUGGACUGGCCUGAGGUCUCGCUACAAACAAACUCUACAAACUCUUCGCUAGUUUGAAACCAGGCAAAGCUAAAAAGAUGUUUGGUGGCUAGUCCUGUGGCUGGGACCCUAUAUGUCCUGUUGAUGAAGUUAGGUGCUGUUCUGAGCAUUAUUUGUGGCUAUAGAGUGGCGUUUUGGUUGAGAUUUGUUUAUGGCUCAACAGACUGCUGUGUAUUGCUAUCGUGCGGUCGUUACUAAAGUUGGUAUAACUAGAGAAGUAAGCAGUCGGCAACAUUCAUCUCUCGAGGGGCUGUCUAACUCGGUGUUAUGGUGUGUUUGACCGUAAAUUAAUUUUAUGCUGGUAUAUCCCUUGAAUUUUUUUAAAGAUUUCAUGACGUGCAUGUUUGAAAACUACGAUGGAGAAUUGGGAGGAUGGAUGAUUAAAGUCGUACAAGAUUAAAUAUUUAACUUCUCUAACAGAAGAUACCACCAACUGGCCGAGGACCAUGAACUCAGACCAGCUGUUCCUCUGAUCUUCUCAUAAAUUCACCAUAAGAUCAAACUUUGUGAUAUUUACCGCCUCUUUUCUCGUCAUGACACAACACACUAUGCUACCGGUCUACAGUCUGGUGUUGAAGCCUUGUCUGUUUGGAUGUUGGCCUUUUCUCUGAGCCCUUCCACUCAGCGGGUUUGUUCUCUGCUGCCUGUGAAGUCCCGGAGUCUGGUAGUGUGACGGGGGCUCAUGUGGGGUAGUGUAGGAGGGAGGAUCUCUCAUCUGCUCCUAUUGUGCUGGAAAGAGAUGACCUUAUAGGGAAGCGCUUUGUGGACACCAGUCCCACCCGACCACGCAUUGCACACAGUGACCCUACCCAUCAGCGCCCGCAUCCCCCACUAAGAUUCCAGACACCAUGGAUAGUAUGUGGCAUUUAAUGUGGUCUGGCAAGCAUCCUUUGUCACUGAAGGGCUGACUUUUGGCAAAGGUUCUUAGGAUGUCAGCAAGUCUGAGAAAAAUGGUCUCAUCUUGCCGACAGGCUCGAGACUUAAUUUGUGGCGAGGUUGUAGAGGGAAGUUUAGGUCGUACAAACCCGGUGAGCGGGAAUCUGUGCUAUGCUAGUGGUGUAUUCUGGGGGCUGACUUAUUGAAAGUGUUGGCUUUGUAUCAAACCAUCAAACCUGCACUUACUGAUUAUUGUCUGCCUGUCAGUCAGCGGGGACAUGCUCUUUUCUUUUUACAUUAUAUUCACUCUUUAAAUCUCAUUUUGGAGCGAUGGUUUGAUUGGCCAGCGAUCCUGAUCUGAGCUUUUCAUAUUGAGUGAAUGCAAAUACAAAGGGAUGCCUAACCUUAGGGCUGGGUGAUGUGGCCUUAAAUCAAUAUCACGAUAUAUUGAGCAGUUCACCUCGAUAACGAUAAAUGGACGAUAACGACUCCACGAGCUGCUCACUCCCUCCCAUAUUAACUUUGUCUACUUGAGCCACUGCUCCAGCCACUACAACUUUUAACUGUCCUCCAUCUCCUCACCUGUCUUUUCCUCUUUGUUAGCGUCCUAAAGGGACAUGUGACCAUAGCCUACCUAAACACAUCCAAAACCAACUUUUAUUUAUUAUUAUUUUUUUGACACAGAAUACACUGGUAUGGGCAAAAUGACGUCAGUUAUUGUCGUAAAUGUUGGUAUCAGUAAAUUUUCGGUUUAUCGACCAGCCCUAUCCUGUCGUAGGGCUCGGUGAAAUGGUCUCAAAUCAAUAUCACAAUAUAUUGAGCAGUUCACCUGGAUAACGAUAAAUGGACGAUAACUACUCCACAAACUGCUCACCCCCUCCCACAUUAACUUUGUCUACUUGAGCCGCUGCUCCAGCAACUUCUGAACCGUCCUCUAUCUCCUCACCUGUUUUUUCCUCUUUGAUAGCAUCUUAAAGGGACAUGAGACCAUAGCCUACCUAAACACAUCCAAAAACAACUUUUAUUUAUUUAUUUUUUUGACACCAACUAUAUCCAUAUGGGCAAAAUGACGUUGGUGAUUGUAAAUUUUGGUAUUGGUUUAUCGCCCAGCCCUAGGACGUUAUGCCAAGGCAGCAUGUACUUUAGAUGCAGCUUUAAACAUGAAAUGACAGAUACUGGAGUGGCUUUAAUCUUCUUAUUGAACUGCCAACUUUAUUAAUUGAUAACCGGUUAUUGUCGUUUAUUUCGGUUUCAAUAAAAUUUCGGUUUAUCACCCAGCUCUACCCAACUUUCUACUUAUAUUUGCCGAAAUAAUAGAUGUCUAUUACACUGAGUUAGCUUUAGCACAUUCUAGUUAACUAAGUCCAGCUAGCUUUGCUGAACUUUGCUGUACAGCUCAGGUAAGGUGGUGAAAUGUGAGGAAAUAACCAUGAAUACAAAAUACUUUUUGUUUACAUUCAAGUCUGAUCGUUUUGUAUAAGAUAAAGGGACAGGAUCAGCUGCUGCUGCUGUGACAAGGACUAUAGACUUCCGUGUAAUUCACAGGUUGAAGUAAUGUACACAGUUUCUUUGAGAUUUGUUGCUCCUAGUCCUGGGACAAGUCGGGUUUCUACGGCAACAGAAACAGUCGCAUGCUCUGUGUAGGCCGAGCCUGCUGCUGCUGCUUAAGAUUCAUAACCGGCCGAGGCAAAAGCAGAGAUGUUAAGAGACAGUGCAGAAGCAGUGAUUGCAUAACCGAGGUUACAGUUGAGGAGCAUCUUCAAAGUCAGAGAAAAAUGUUGCUGCUGCGAAGAAAUCAGUUAUUAGGACGUGUUUGUUUAUCUCUCUUUUACUGUUAACCGUUUCUUCUGGGUGCAAGUUUGAGCUGUUUUUUUUUUGCAGACAGGUUAUCUGCUGUCUAUGAAAACUGCUCGGUCACUCUCUGUGUACCCUCUCUGCCAACUUUGCUCGAGUCUUCUGUGGAUGCAAACCUCCCUGCUUGGUUUUUCUGUCAUAGCUACACCGCUGCAGCUCAGAACAUCAGGCUGCUGUCCUCAGAUGUCACUAUACUGUUUUUUUAGAGUACAAAAGUGUGGAUGUGCAGCCAAGAGUAGCUUUCCGGGUUAAAUAAGCAGAAUAAAAUAGCGUUAAAUUUGUUGCAUGAUGAAAUAGGGCUGGGCGAUAAAAUGAUAACGAUAUCAAACAUUAAUUUCCCUCAAUAUCAAUAUAAAACAUGGUCAAUAUGCUUUUCAAUAGACGGUUUUCUGCCAUGUUUAUCACCAUGCACUACUUUCCCUCCUAUUGAUUGUGCUGAGUCAUGGUAACAAGCUGGUUUUGUGCACCUGGCUGUCGGCAGGAAGAGUCAAUGAGAGGUUAUUCCUUCAAUCCUUCUCCUCAUUCAGAUUAUUUUACAGCAUUUAUUUUUGUGUGAGAUAUUUAAAUCGUUGUUUACUUGUUUGUAAAUCAGCCGUGGAUCUGCGCGGAAAAGCUUCACCUGUUGACGGCUCUCAGUUUGACACAAGGUCAGCCUUUUGUUUAGCUGCCAUCAGCACAUGUAGCCUCCGGGCUGGCCCAGAGGAGACCAGGUCUGCUGAGCCAACACGCCGUCCCAAAACACACGGCAGAGUCAGGUGCCAGUCAAAGCUGGCAGCUCGAGUUCAGCUGCUGCCACGCUCGCCGUUUUAAAGGUCUGUUUUUCUAAAGGGCGUGUACAGGAGUCAAUGCAGGUGAAAUGCAUCACCAGCUCCGAACUUUUAUCACCGUAUUAACCUGUGAAUGGUUAGCACGCACUGAGGUGGAGGAAUAGCCGCUCCUGAGGAGAGGUUUGGACCGCGACCAAGUAGGAUGUUGACACAAAGAGAGCGAUGAUAUACACACAGAGACUCAAACAGAGCAGGUCUGCGGUGUAACACAUCCUCAGGGUCAUUCCAGUGUCACAUAAUCUUACAGAGUCCCAACAUUCAUGGUAUUUUUACAGGAACAUCAGCCAGAUCCACUGACAGAAGCUCCGAGCCGUGUUUUCUGGCUCAGCACUCUCUAAAAAGUUGUCAGUGUUUCCUCAGAAGUAAUGACUUAGCACAGGAACUCUUACACAACCACCCGGGAUGUAAUUGUUAAGCUUUUUGUCUCAUAAGAAAAACAUGUCAUGCUUUGUUCCUGUUGUACAGCUGCAGGGAUCCUUUUACCUGUUUCCGGGGGUUGAAGCAUCUUUGAUUAAAAAUGUAGCUCCCUGUGUUUAAUCCGCACUAGAUUAUUGAUCUAUCAGAAGGUGAAUGGCAGUCCCAGAGUGAAAGUUCAGACUCUGGCGAAGGAAAAUUUCCAUCCAGGGUCUGAAAUGAAGUUUAUUCAUCAUUCAUCAUCCUGCUGCAUUUCAACAAGACGCUCACCUCUCAAGUCUGCCACUUACAGAAACCUGUAAAAUGACUCUAUAACACUCGAGGUUCAAACACCAAUACGAUAAUAAUCACAGUGAUUCAUCAGAAUUACUUUUCCCACUGAUUUAAUGAGAGAGACUUAUUUCCCAUGGUUCCAUUUGAGCCCAGAUUUCCUCUUUGUUUCGAAGGUGGCAGGCUGCUAAUUUCAUUCCCCGUCUCCAAUGCACUCAUUUAUUUUCAGGGCCGCGACGGUUCAAAGAUUCAAAGCGCUCGACAUAAGUCGUUCUCAGAAAAGCUAUUACUGUCGUGGGUGAUCGGCCAAUGCCUGCUGGCAGAUCAGAGUUCCUGGCACAGCCAUCAGGACAUCUCGUGUGUUGAUGAUCAAUCCAGCUAUUCCCAGGGUCAUGUCUCAUAGUGAGAAGUCGACACCUCAGCCUGGCCACUUAAAGCUGGACGUGAAAUGUGUGAAAAUAUCGGCGCGGCGUCACUUGGAGCGUAGUUUGAUGACUUGUCUUUGUUCGCUCGUCUCCUCUUGUGCCGCGGCGGUAAUAAGAAGAAAACAGCUGCCGUUGUAUGGCCACAUGUAAACCUGAUCAGCUCACGGGGGAAUAUAUCGAAAUGCUUUUCCCAUCUUUGGCUGCAUCCAUCAUUGCUAUUUUCCCCUCCAUUCACUCAAGGUCAUGAGUGGGGGGGUUGGAGACGGGGGGUUGUGUUACUUGUUGCCCUCAAAUGGUCACACUGACUUCAGUGUAUUUGAUCAAACCCUCGUUUGUUUGUCCUUUUCCGGUGCUACAAAAAUACACUUUUGUAAUCAUCUGAUUAAGUAGGCUUCUAUAAAAACUGUGCCACAGCCUGAACCAUUUCCCCAGUUUCAUAGCCUUUGUGUACCAUUAGGAAGUUGAAUUGGGUCACUGCAAUUCCGAUGUACCCAAAUUGGCUUUUUCCUCAGAGACGGGCCUUUUAUGGCUCACAGGUCCUUCAUUUCCUUCUCUUUCUUUGGCUCUGCUCCUCCGUCCCUGCAGUGAUGGCAGCUCUGCUCUGUUGCUGUGUGGCACAGCGGCCUCCCUGUAAUGAGCUGCGUUUCGUCAGUCCGGUUUACACUCGUGCUGAGUCGCUGCCUGCAGAAGACAGACAACAUCUCAUCUGUACAAUCUUCAUUUAGCCUGUAGACAAUAUACAGCGGGAGCGCGUGGCUAGACCUUCAGAGAAAUUCAAGAGAAAGCAAAGAGACUAAGAGAAACUGUUUUAGUCUGCAUCCUGGUCUUUGUCAUGAGCUUGAAGUUUUAUUGCAAUCAACUUUUAAAGGCAUGGUUGAUGAUCUGAGAAGCAGAAAAAAGCGUCCCACCCCCCACACACAAACGUCUCCCCUCUGUGCUCCACGGUAACUCCCCUCAAACAUGUAUCACCCUCCCCACGACACACCCCCUCUGGCAGAGCAAGAAGACGGCUGGCAGACGAUCCUACACUAGCUUCACAUAGGAUUCACCGCGUCGGAUCGUGAUUAGCGGCAGUAAAUGCCAGCUCUGCUAGCGAGUACCGUCUGCAGCUGCCUGGACAGCUACUGUGUUGACAUUGCAGCAAGUAUUAUUUAUGUAAUCAUGUAAUCAUAUCAUGUGCCACGAUAAAAGGCGAUUGAAAAUGACCUGUUCAACAAAAACUCUGCUGUCCCACCGUCUGUUUUCAGGCCCAAAUCCUGGCGUAGCUCCACCGCUCGAAGGACGACCCAAUGUUUAUUCGAGUUAGAUUCCUUGCUUGGUCGCAUUUCCUCUUGGACUCUCCACCCUUUCUUCUGUCAGCUUGCAUUUUCUUCCCACUUUUGGCGGUGGGGCAAGCAGAAGUGUUUCUGUUUUUGUUUUGCAUCCUUCUCCAUCAUAGCUUAUGUAGCUAAGCUGCUACGCUACUUUUAGCCGCUCAGAGCUCCGAGGAGGGACGGGAGAUAUGUUUUUUUGUAGGACAGUAGGGGAAAGUCCCGCCUCCUUCGCCUCUGAUUGGCUAGAAAAGCUGGAAACGUCAUCACACGCUCAAGCCAAACGUGGGCUGUUGGCUACUUUUAGCAUAGCAUUAGAACAUUACAGAACAUUAUCGCACUUCUGAAUCUCCUAAACCUGACCCUAAUCCUAACCUGACAGAUGAUGACGUUUCACAACCAUUAGGAAAAACCAAUCUGAGCCAAGCACUUCUAGCCAAUCAGAGGCGAAGGAGGGCGGGACCUUCCCCUACCAUCCUUCAAAAAAAAAUUUUGCUGGGAGAGUGGGAGGGGAUGAGUCAGAACUACUAUGGGAGAGGGGUGUGUCCAAUACAGCGAGGUGAUUAGAUGGAGAGGCGGAGCAGGAGAUUGACCAAUAGGAGCUGUCCGGGAUGAUUGGCUUCCAUUGGUCAAUGUUUUCGCAGCUCUGCACCUACUAGAGUGAACAGAUUUUUUCUGUUUUUUCUUCUCUUCACUUUGUGGCGAUCGCACUAUAGGACCAUGAUCGCCAUAGAAACGAGGUUCAUAAUAAUCACCGAUCUCUCCAAUCAUCAACCAUGCCUUUAAGAAAGACCGUUUCAGUCUGCGUCCUGGUCUUUGUCAUGAGCUUGACAUUUUAUUGAGUUUCACUGAGAGUCAUUUCUUAUGUGUUCAUGAAGUCGAGUCUUCUUUCUAAUGGUCUGUCUGUUUGUUUGCUUUCAGUUGGAGAUAAGGUUCCUGCAGACAUCCGUAUCUGUUCAAUCAAAUCAACCACUCUGAGAGUCGACCAGUCCAUCCUGACGGGUAAGAUGUUCUCCUUUUUAUACGAUAACCUCUGACCUAGAUCCUCUGUUUUCAAUCAACAAAGUUUCAACACGAGCGUCUUUAGUUUAUUACCAUUGAUGCCGAAUGCUGCUAAUAACCACACGCUGCACCCUGAAAGGAUCCGCCCUCUGCCUGUGUUUGAAGUCAAACAAAAGCUGAAUGACAAUGAGUAUGAUCUUCUAAGUAAGCAGGAAAAUGAGCUCCUGAACGGAAACACUUGAAAGAUCCGGGAUGAGCGAUCAGUGCCGUGGAUCUCUCUGUAGGUUUAAUUGAAGCGACGCUAACAGAUCUAACACGCUGCCUUCUCAUGUCUCUGUAGGUGAAUCUGUUUCUGUGAUCAAACACACCGAUCCUGUGCCGGACCCUCGGGCCGUCAACCAGGACAAGAAGAACAUGCUCUUCUCUGUGAGUCAUGUUAUCAAACAUCCUGUUGGUUUCCUCCUCCUGCUUGCAGUUUAUUUGCUUCCUGGAAAAACUUGCCCUUCCUUGUUGUUGUUUUGAGAUGUUAUCCGAUGCACUCGAGCUCUACAUGUAUAUUAUGUGUUGUUUUUUCAGGGUACUAACAUCGCUGCUGGAAAGGCUGUGGGUGUGGUCGUGUCCACUGGCAUUAACACAGAGAUUGGGAAGAUCCGGGACGAGAUGGUCGCCACUGAGCAGGAGAAAACGCCCCUGCAGCAGAAGCUGGAUGAGUUUGGCGAGCAGCUUUCCAAGGUCAUCUCACUUAUCUGCAUCGCCGUGUGGAUCAUCAACAUCGGACACUUCAACGACCCCGUCCACGGAGGCUCCUGGAUCCGCGGGGCAGUCUACUACUUCAAGAUUGCCGUGGCGCUGGCUGUAGCGGCCAUCCCUGAAGGACUUCCUGCCGUCAUCACCACCUGCCUGGCUCUGGGCACACGCCGUAUGGCGAAGAAAAACGCCAUCGUCCGCAGUCUGCCAUCUGUGGAGACCCUUGGCUGCACCUCUGUCAUCUGCUCUGACAAGACAGGAACCCUGACCACCAACCAGAUGUCUGUGUGCAGAGUGAGUCAAAUGUGUACACACAUAAAACAAGCUCUUUGUCCUCUCUGCUUUGUCGUCUUUGUCGUCUUUGGCCCGUCUCAGUUGGUCUAAGUUCUCAUUGGUCCGUGAGUCAGUGAGUCUGCCUGUGUGUCCCUUUGAAUGUAUUUGUCAGCUAAAAUGUUAAUCCUGUCUGUGCAGAAACGGGGACUAAAGAGCUCCUUGUAAUCAGGUAUUCAGGUUAUUUAACCAGAAGGCAACACGCUGCAGCGUCUCUCAUCUCCAUCGAGCUGCUGUUGCAUAACUGACCUUGCAUCACCGAUCUGCAGAGCAGACGGCCUGAAGUUUCUCCGCACUUUCUUCCCUCUUCCUCUUUUCUCCUUUUAUUUUCUUUCUUCCUUCCUUGCUUUCAUUUUUCUUUCCUUCUUAGUUCCCUUUAGUAUUCAGGUUUUGUUCUUCAUCUCCAUCCUUCUUACUCUCUUCCUGUUUUUCUUUCUUUCUUUCUCUUCCUGUUUUUCUUCUUUCUUUCUUUUUUCUUUCUUUCUUUCUUUCUUUCUUUCUUUCUUUCUUUCUUUCUCUCUCCCUUUAUAGUUCUAAUUUUGUUCUCUCUCUUUCUGUUUUUCUUGGUUUUUCUCUUUUUCCUUUUUCUGUUCUUUCUUUCUCUUUGUUUUUUUCUUUGUGUUUUUUGUCUCUUUCUUUCUGUCUUUUACCUUUUUCCCUCUUUCUUUCUUCCUUUCUUUCUUUUUUCAGUUCUUUCUUCUCUUAUUGUUUUUUUCCUUUUGUUUUUUUGUCUUUUUCCUUCCUUUCUUUCUCUCUUACUUUUUCCUUCUUUCUUUUUUCUGUUCUUUUCUCUCUUAUUUUUUUCUUUUGUUUUUCUUUUUCUCUCUCUUUCUUUCAUUCUUUCUUUCUCUCCCUCUCUUACUUUCUUUUUCCUAAUUUCUUCCUUUUUCUUUUCUUACUGUUUUAUUUCUUUUAUUUCUGUUUUUUCUUCCUUCCUUCCUCUCUGUUCUUUCAGUUUUUUUCUUGUUUUAUCAUUCUUUUUUUUGUUCUUUUAAUCUUUUACUCUGUCUUUUUUGUCUUUCUUUCUAUUUGUUUACUUUCUUCCUUCCACCCUCCCUUUUUUCUUUCUGUUUUUAUUUCUUUCUUUUAGUCUUUCGUUUUAUCUCCCUUCUGUCCUUCCUUCCUUCCUUCCUUCCUUCCUUCCUUCCUUCCUUCCUUCCUGUCUCCUUGUUGCUACCUUUGCCCCCCCCCCCACAUUAAUAGAGUUAAUCUGAGCGUUAACUAAAGUCUCUUUUGUUCUUAUUUAAAUGUUUUCUUUGACCGUCUCAGACCUCCGUCCUUCGUUUAUAGUAUUUAUCUAACAGAUGUUUGGGCCUCUGUUUGGUCAGGAUGACUCACUGAUCUGGAUAUAAAUUAAGAGGCUCGUUAAUUCUUAAAGGUAAAUUGCUGUUUUCGGUUUUCAAAGUGAUUCCUGGAGAGCUACAUCUGUAAUUUCACUCGGUAUAUGAGGUUAAAAGCCUUUAAAGAGCUGAGGUAAUUCAUGCUUUGAGUUAAGAGGUUCAUAUUUUUAUGAAGUGCGUGUAAAAGAGGAUGAAAGCUCCCCCCUGGAGCAGACCUGGCGCUGCGGCUUCAUCUUUUGGGCUUGUCACUCUCGACUCAGGCUCAUCGGCUUUCUCUUUCUGUUUACAUACGGAGCGAAACUAAACAGCAUUUUCUCACAUUAGUCAGCAGACCACCCAGCUUUCAGAGAGACACAUCCUCUAACACUGCAGGCUGAUCUGCUUCCCAAAAUAAGAGGCUCUUCUCCUCUUCUGGAGCGUCCUGUGGUGUUUUGCUGCCACCUGCUGUAUCUGAAAGAAACUGUCAGACUGUUCAGAUAGUCUGUUUAUUCCUUUCUGCUUUUUUACUCUCCAGAUGUUUGUGAUCAACAAAGCUGAGAAUGACAGCUGCUCACUGUCAGAGUUCACCAUCACAGGCUCCACUUAUGCACCCGAGGGAGAAGUGUGAGUACUGCGCCGCUCUGCCUGUUAUUGACUGUAAUUGUGGGUCAACAUCUGUCUUUGUAACCGUGUAGCAUUAAUGAUGUGAACUGCGAACACGCAAGUUAAUUUAAUCUGAACUUUUCUGCAGGUAUCAGGAUGGUAAACUGGUGAAAACCUCCCAGUAUGAUGCUCUGGUUGAACUGGCUACCAUCUGUGCUCUGUGUAACGACUCCUCUCUGGACUUCAACGAGGUCUGCAGUCUUCCCGUUUUUUCUUCACGUUUUAAUGCGUCUCUUAAAGUAAAGUAGACGCAGUUAUCAUCAGGAAAGGAUGAAAAUGAUUUAAAUGUCAUUGAUUUUCCAGGUGAAGGGUGUGUACGAGAAGGUUGGUGAGGCCACAGAGACGGCGCUCACCUGUCUGGUGGAGAAGAUGAAUGUUUUUGACACCGAAGUUCAGAGCCUGUCAAAGAUUGACAGAGCCAAUGCCUGCAACUCUGUGAGUGACACCGGCUUCUCCCCAACCUGCACACGCUGCACUUUUCUCUGCUGCCGCUCAGCAGGUUUUUACUCACCCUGUUUGCCCGCUUUAUUCUGAUCAGGUGAUCAAGCAGCUGAUGAAGAAGGAGUUUACCCUGGAGUUCUCCAGAGACAGGAAGUCCAUGUCUGUUUACUGCACCCCAAACAAAUCUCGCUCUUCCAUUGGAAAGAUGUUUGUGAAGGUAUCCUGAGAGGUGCAUGCACUUUAAACUCCAGCCUUACUGAUUUCUACAACGCUAAAAAUCGCAUCUUUUAUUCUGUUUUGCAUGACAGGGGGCGCCAGAGGGAGUUAUUGAGAGAUGCACUCAUGUCAGAGUGGGCAACACCAAAGUUUCCCUCAGCAAAGGUAUCAAAGAAAAGAUCCUGUCUGUGAUCCGUGAGUACGGUACCGGUCGUGACACCCUGAGGUGCCUGGCUCUGGCGACACGAGACAACCCACCAAAAAUGGAUGACAUGACGCUUUCUGACACCGCCAAAUUUGCUGAGUAUGAGGUGCAUUUCCAAAUUACUUUCUUUUUGUUGUAAAUCUCCUGUCAUGAUACGGCAGACAUUUCCAACGCAAGUUUUCUUUAAGUGCUGCACACUCAUCCAAGUCUGUCUCUCUGUAUCCAGUCCGACCUGACCUUCGUCGGUUGUGUCGGCAUGCUGGAUCCUCCCAGACAAGAGGUGGCGGCUUCCAUCACGCUGUGCCGUCAGGCCGGGAUUCGUGUCAUCAUGAUCACCGGAGACAACAAGGGCACAGCUGUGGCUAUCUGUCGGCGCAUCGGUAUCCUAACCGAGGAGGAUGACGUGGAGCGCAUGGCGUUUACGGGGCGGGAGUUUGACGAGCUCACGCCUUACGAUCAGCGUGACGCUGUCACUCACGCUCGCUGCUUCGCUCGUGUUGAACCUUCACACAAGUCCAAGAUCGUGGAGUUCCUGCAAGGAUUCGAUGAGAUAACUGCCAUGGUAUGAAGUCUGUGUAAACAGCAUGAGUAUAUCGUGAUGUUUGGGUUUUUGUUUAGGUUAUGAAUAGAUCUUCUCCACAGACAGGUGACGGUGUGAACGAUGCCCCUGCCUUGAAGAAAGCAGAGAUCGGCAUCGCUAUGGGCUCUGGCACUGCCGUGGCCAAGUCAGCCUCUGAGAUGGUCCUCGCCGACGAUAACUUCUCCUCCAUCGUAGCUGCUGUUGAAGAAGGCAGAGCGAUUUACAACAACAUGAAGCAGUUCAUCAGAUACCUCAUUUCCUCCAACGUGGGAGAGGUUGUCUGGUGAGCGAAUUCAUUUCUAUCGUAUCGUUUUGAAACCCAAAUUUUGAGAACAACCAUAAUCAAGUUGUCAGUUUCUAACUUCAGUUAUUCCUCUCUAUAGCAUCUUCCUCACUGCUGCACUGGGGUUCCCUGAAGCUCUCAUCCCAGUUCAGCUCCUCUGGGUCAACCUCGUCACUGACGGCCUCCCUGCCACCGCGCUGGGCUUCAACCCUCCAGAUCUGGACAUCAUGGAGAAGCCACCUCGUAACGCUAAGGAGCCCCUCAUCUCCGGCUGGCUCUUUUUCAGAUACUUGGCUAUUGGAGGUUGGUUGAUUAUCACGUUUGUUGCCUUUCCAUUUAAUUUGCCUUCAUGCAGUUUGAUAAAUGUUACUUUUGUGUGUGUUUGUGAUCGUUUCAUCAGGCUAUGUGGGCGCAGCCACGGUGGGAGCAGCUGCCUGGUGGUUCACACUCUCUGAUGAAGGACCUCAGGUCACUCUCUACCAGCUGGUAAGUGUCUCCAUGAAUGCUCCUACCCUCAGCGGUUUGAUCCCCCUCCUCACUCCUCUGCUGUCCUCUCCCCUCACAGAGCCACUUUCUCCAGUGCGGCCCAGACAACCCAGAGUUUGAGGGCUUGGAGUGCCAUGUGUUUGAGUCGCCCUACCCGAUGACCAUGGCCCUGUCUGUGCUCGUCACCAUUGAGAUGUGCAAUGCUCUUAACAGGUAAAAAGGGAGCCUCUAAAAAGGUCUCAGAUUUACUGUUUCAGUAAAUCCCAAACUGAGAUUUGUCUUCUCUCCAGUCUGUCAGAGAACCAGUCCCUACUGCGGAUGCCUCCCUGGGAGAAUAUUUGGCUCCUGGGGGCCAUUUGCCUCUCCAUGUCCCUCCAUUUCCUCAUCCUCUAUGUGGAACCUCUACCUGUGAGUUACACUAAACCUGUUUAUUCAAUAUCAAAUACCUGACAGCAGCAUGUUGGUGCACUUUACAGCUGGCUGCUGUAACGACUCAGUGAAAAAGAUCGAAUUUUAAGAGUGACCUGGUUCUCCUUUUCCCCAGAGUAGUUACAUAACUUCAUUAUGGGAACUACCUUAUAAUAAAUUAGGAUGCAGUAGUAUCUAGUGGUGAGUUUGCAGAUUGCAACCAGCUGAUAACUCUCCUUCUCUCAACCUGCCUGACCGAGUGUGUAGGAGAAUCUAUCGUGACUGCAAAACGUGUGAAAAACAUUUUAACACCCUCCUUAGAGACGGAGUUUAGUUUGGCAGUUUCAUCCUCAGAAAACCACGAUGCACUCAUCAGAGGAGGACCUGAUGAGUGCAACGAAAUGCCAAAGAAACACAAAAUUUUCAAUCAUUCUGAGUGGUUAUUGAUUGAUAAAGUUGGCAGUGUUAGAAGAUUAAAGCCACUAAAGUAUCUGUCAUUUCAUGUUUAAAGCUGCAUCAAAAACACGUGCUGCCUUUUCAUGAAGUUCUAGGGCUGGGCGAUAAACCGAUAAUUUACCAAUACUGAUUUUUUUUUUUUUUUAAGUCUGUUUUUAUUGUGAUUUUCAUGGUUCACAUGUUCAUUCACAUAUCAAUUCGUCAAUCUCAUCCAUUCAUCUGUGAAUUACAACUGAACUGCACCGUAAUACAUCCACAAUUCCUCAUGAUUGGUCCUUCCUCAAUCACACAAAUGAUGAAAUUAAUAAAAUACAAAAGUUGAGAACUUAACUCCUUAGAACAAGAAUGCUGCGGUGCACAUCUGUUACAUGAGAGAGAGGAAAAAAUACAUUUUGUAUAAGGUUUGAACAAGAAAAACAUAGAUGGAAAAGGGAAAUGGAUAUAAGACCUGGUACUAGAUAAACGAUGGAUGAAUGGGAGCGACAUAUCUAAUCCAUCUUUCCCAUCAUUUCAAAAACAGUCCCUGUUGUAGUCUAACAGGAAAAGUAAUUCUUUCCAUCUUAAAAAUGUCAUAAAUAAUGUCAAACCACUCGUCCACUGUAGGUUUUUUCAGUUUUAGCCAUUUCCUUGUUAUAGCUUUUCUAGAAGUGGCCCAAUACCGAAAACUAUGACAAUAACCAACGUCAUUUUGCCCAUAUCAGUAUAUUCUUUUUAAAAAUAAAAAAUAAAUUUUGGUUUUGAAUGUGUGUAGGUAGGCUAUGGUCUCAUGUCCCUUUUUAAGACACUGACAAAGAAGGAAAGACAGGUGAGGAGAUGGAGGACGGUUCAACAGUUGUAGCGGCUGGAGCGGCGACUGAAGUCGACAAAGUUAAUGUGGGAGGGGGUGAGCAGCUUGUGGAGUAGUUAUCGUCCAUUUAUCAUUAAAGUGGUGAACUGCUUAAUAUAUCGUGAUAUUAAUUUGAAGCCAUGUCGCCCAGCCCUAUAACGUUUCCACAUGUAAUAAGGACAAAGGGAGAAGGUAGGAAACCAGUGACCCUCAGGCAAUACACAGGUGUGACUCUGUCGUGGAAAUCAUCGCAUGGGCUCAAAAGAGAGGAUAAGAGGAAACCAUCCGCAAAAUUAUUUUUAUUAUUUUUUAUAAUUAUUAUUUUUAAAAUCGUGAUCUCUAUCGAUAUCGACUGAUAUGAAAAAAAUAUAUUGUGAUAAACUUUCUCCCAUAUCGCCCAGCCCUACUUUAUACACACCUUACUGACAUGACAGUGAAAGAUAACAGUCAUGUAGGUGUUUUGUGACUCUCAGGGAAAUUAGACUCUAACCUUCUGGCCCAGUCUGUCAAGUUGACCGUCACUAAAAUCGAGGGUCUUUCCUUCUGACAGCAUCUACGCUCAUGCGUCAUCUGUUAACAUUUAAAUUGUGACGCUCUCUCUCUCUCUCUCUCUCUCUCUCUCUCUCUCUCUCUCUCGCUCUCUCGCUCUCAGGUCAUCUUCCAGAUCACCCCUCUGGAUGCGACCCAGUGGAUGAUGGUGCUGAAGAUCUCCCUGCCCGUCAUCCUGCUGGACGAGGUGCUCAAGUUCGCGGCCAGAAACUACUUGGACUUCGGUAAACAUCUGGAGAAGCCGGCCAGAAAAGGCAGCUCUCUGUCUGCAUGCACCGAGGGCAUCUCCUGGCCCUUCGUGGCCAUCUCCUUGCCCCUGGUUCUGUGGAUCUACAGCACCGAUACUAACGUGUCCGCCGUGUUGUGGCCCUGACUGACUCCACUACAGUACCCUCCCUGAGCACCAGUGUGAAGUGGACAGUAACAAACACAUCUAACACAGUUACAUUAACUCAGAACAACUCACAGUCAACACUUGCACAUAUUCUGACGCUCUGUCUGCUGUCAGAUCUUUUCUAUUUAGACAUUUUGAAUGAUACAUGUUUUCUUUUUGAGGGGGAGGGGGGCGGGGGCGUUUGAGUCAUAUUUUAAUGACUCCGACUGACAUGUCCAGGUGUUUUUAUUUUAUCAUCACGCUCGUCUCUCCUUUUGGACCCCCCUGUUUCGAACAGUAAGAGAUGCCUAUCUACCGUGCUGUGUGUUGAGCUGUACAGAGAAUUUACACUAUUUUAUAAUAAUUAAUAUUUUGUAAUUUUUGUGGGUUUUGGGGGAUGAGAAUUCUUGAUGUGAAGAGGUAUAAGGGCCAGGCAGAAACGUACUAAUUUCGGGGCAAAUAUGUAAUGUCAUUUGCCUUAGCAUGAAUCUCGACAGCCAUUUUUUGAGCUCCAUGCAUUUUCAUUCAUGAUUUUCUGCAGUAGGCAGAGCACAGCUACCUCAAUGCUGUUUUGUGACCAUUACUUUACAUAUGUCGUAACAACCAUUUCAUCGAUUAUUAUUAUUUAAAAUGUUGAGGUAAGCACCAUUUUCUUUUUGCAGUGGAGACAAAACCCUCAAAUACAUUCAAAGGUUUUUUUUAUAUAUAUAUUUGUCGUUGGAGGGAAGAGGACGAUGAUAUUUUACAAGUUCGUUUACGAGCGAUUUUCAACCGAGUCUGUUGCUAAGUUUGUUUAUUUAAAGUCGACACCUCUGUCUUGGUUUUCUUUUUUUUUUAAAUGACCCGAUCUCACUUUUCAUCCUUAAUUUUUUAAACCUUGAUUACAAUAAUCUGUCUAAUAUUUGUAAAAUGUGCACAUACUGUACUUGAAUAUGUAAAAAGGCACCAAGGAGCUGUUAGUCUUAUCAACUGAGCACAACAUGGACAACCAAUCACUGAAGAGUCUGUAUAUCUGUACAUAGCACACACACAUACAAACACACACACACACACACACACACACACACACACACACACACACACACACACACACACACACACACAUACAAACACACACACACACACACACACAAUCUCUGAAUUAGUGUUUUUCUUUUGCUUUCAAAUGCUCCAUACUCUUAUACUAGUUUACUCGAUCGUGGUUGUAGCCUUUCUGCAUGCAUGCUCCAAUAAUCCCAGGUCAGUGAGUGCUUUAGAUUGAUUAGAUUUAAAGCUAACUGUUGUUUCUUUCAAUGCCUUCCACUUGUUAAACUGCAGAGUGAGUACUUUUUGACCCGCCUGCAUGCCGGUAUGCUUGCUCAGUUGCUUUUGCCGUUCGUCAUUUCUCGUACGAGAGUGACGGACAGUUUUACGUGCCUGAUAUGUUUUUUAAAUUUGACUUUUAAGAGAGGAAAGAAUAAAGAUGUCGAGUUUUUAUAGAAAUUGCCUUCAAAGCCACAAAGUGCCAUGUGAGCCUUUUGCAUCCUGCACUGAACUGCUUGUAUCAGAUAUUUUCUGACUGUUUUCUGGAAGCAUGUUUUUGCAGACUGACAUGUAAAUGCGCCCCAAAUACUUGCAGGAUGCGGCUGUAAUGGUCUUCAUCUAAACUAUUUAGUAAAGUGCAUACAUGUGUAGUAAAUUGCUUGCCCAGAGCAUGGCCUUCAUACUGUAUGCAUCCACAAAGUGCUACUUGCUGUUCAUUUUCUUCUACUCUGACUUCUGACUCUCACAUGUCCACUGAUUUGAUUUUUUUUCCCCUCUCUCCUCUUUUUCUCUUUGCAGCAAAGGCCAAGUAAGCCCACCUCUACUCUAAACUCCUUUCAGAAACUUUAGGUUUUGCUUUGUGUUUUGCAUGUGUGUUUUGGGCAGCACAUCUUACAAGAGCUGCAUUAAGUCAAGUUAACGGAGGGACAGAGGCUCAUGAGUUCAUCAUAUUAGAAACCAGCCGUGAAUAAGUGUCCUAUGAAAACUAGCCAAUCCCAUCUCAUCGGUCCUCCCAUCCUCCUGCAUGAAGAGCCUUAGAUAACCACGUAAUGACAUGCCAUCUUUUUAGACUAUGAUCUUAGUACCGUGUACAGUAAAUUGUACUAAAUCUCAUGGUGCAUGUUCGCUGAAUCAGCCAUCUGUUUUAACAGACUUGUGUUAUAGACGAUGUAUAGUAUUGGUAGAAUAGACAUUCAUCAGAUAGUACAAAUGUUAAAUAAGCUCAAAAACAGUUCAUCUUUCCUAAGGAAAAACUUUUAUGGGAUAUUUAAAAACCAAACAGCCUUUAUUUUUAUUCUAUUUUGUUUUUUGCUUUGCACUGAGACGUGCGACAUGUUUGGAGCAGAUUUCAUCAGACCUGGGAAGUGGAACUUGCGACAGUGCAGUGAUGAAUACUUAGGGUUUGUCAUGAGAGUGGUGGGCUGUCCUUCCUCUGGCAUUUUUUGCCAAACUGCUGUACUGUAUUUUCAGAGAUGAUUGUACGAUGUAUCACAUGAACUUUGGUUUCAGGUAAAUAAAACUGUCAUACAUGAGUUUA